UCGAUGCUGACAUUCAUCUCCCAGCCUGACUUGUCUUUAUUCUAUUCACUUUCGACUAGCUUACGACACAACUCUCCUUUUUCGCUCACACUUUAACGACACCCUUCACUUUUAAUUCUAUCACUCUUCACGACUCCAAACAUGUACGCUUCCAAGGCUAUCCUCGCUCUUGCUAUCGCUGCUGCCGCUGCCCCCGCCCUCGCUCAGUCCUUCGGCGAGCCCCUCGUUUCUCGUGAGGACCUUGCCCUUGCUGGUUUCGCCCGCAAUGUCAACCUGGUUCGCUCCGUCGGUGAAGCCAUCGGCAUGAAGCGGUCUGAGGUGGAUGAUAUCCUCGCCCGCGAGUUCCACAGCAAGCAACAUGGACACAAGGCCGGUCACAAGCACGGCAGCCAACACCGGGCUCACCAGCAUGGUGCACAUGUCACCGGAAAGCACCGUGCUAGCGGCACACACCGCGGUCGCAAGCACCCUGGACAGCACGGCAGUCUGCACCACGCCAGUUCGCAGGCCUCUGGGCAGCACGGUACCAGCGGCAUGCAGCACGGCAGCCAGCACCAGGCCCGCGCUCAGGCCACCGGUCAGCACGGUGCCAGCGGCAUGCAGCACGGUCACAAGCAGGCCGGUCAGCAUGGCAGCCAGCACCAUGCUCGCGCUCAGGCCACCGGUCAGCACGGU